UGCCCAGAGGGAGCCAUGGCUGCAGAGAACCCCGUGGAAAGUCUCCAGGAGGAAGCAACAUGUCCCAUCUGUCUGGAGUAUUUCACAGAACCUGUAACUCUGGAGUGUGGGCACAAUUUCUGCCGAGCCUGCAUCGCCCAGUGCUGGGAGGGAUCCGAUACAGCCGCCUCCUGCCCUCAGUGCAGAGAAGCUGUGCAACAGAGAAACCUCAGGCCCAACAAGCAGCUGGCAAAUGUCCUAGAAAUAGCCAAACGGCUGAGUUUACAAGCAGCAAAGGGAACAGGAGGGGAUGGGGUGUGUGAGAGACACCAGGAGGAUCUGAAACUGUUCUGUGAAGAGGAUCAAGCCCCCAUCUGUGUGGUCUGCAGAGAGUCCCGGGCUCAUCGCGCUCACACGGUGGCUCCCAUAGAGGAGGCUGCCCAGGAGUACAAGGAAAAAAUCCAGGCCCAUUUGAAGACUCUGAGGGAAGAGCAAGAAAAGCUGCUGGGAUUGAAAGUGACUGGAGAGGGGAAAAGCCAGGAGUAUCUGAAACAAACACAAACCGAGAGGCAGAACAUUGUGUCUGAAUUUCAGCAACUGCGGCAGUUCCUGGAGGAACAAGAGCGACUCCUGCUGGCCCAGCUGGAGAAGCUGGACGAGGAGAUUGUGAGGAUCCAGAAUGAAAAUGUCAGUAAACUCUCCGAGCAGAUUUCCCAUCUCAGUGAGCUGAUCAGUGAGAUGGAGGGGAAGUGUCAGAAGCCAGCGAGUGAAUUCCUGCAGGACGUCAGAAGCACCUUGAGCAGGUGGGAGAAGGGGAAGUUCCAGCAGGCAGAGGAGAUUUCUCCUGAACUGGAAGAGCAAGUCAGUGGUUUUUCACAGAAAACUAUUGCGCUACUGGAGGCUCUGAGGAAGUUCAAAGCCACUCUGCCAUCUGCACUGGAGACAAAAAGAGAGGAAUCCCUACGAGCACACAGACAGACGAAUGUGACUCUGGAUCCAGACACGGCUCAACCCCAACUCGUCCUGUCUGAGGAUCGAAAAAGUGUGAGAUGGGGACACACACGGCAGGAUCGGCCCAACAACCCUGAGAGAUUUGACCCUGAGCCCUGUGUGCUGGGCUGUGAGGGAUUCACCUCGGGGAGACAUUGCUGGGAGGUGGAGGUGGGGGAUGGGCAAUGCUGGGCUGUGGGGGUGGCCAGAGAGUCUGUGAGGAGGAAGGGAGGGAUCAGCCAUAGCCCUGAGGGGGGGAUCUGGGCUGUAGAACGGGACUGGAGUCAGUUCCGGGCUCUCACCUCCCCUGUGACCCCCCUGCCCCUGAGCCGGACCCCCAGCAGGAUCCGGGUUUGUCUGGACUGUGACCGGGGGCAGGUGACAUUUAUCGAUGCUGAUGACGAGGCCCCAAUCUUCACUUUCCCGCUGGGCUCUGUCCCUCGGAUGAGAAUCCAACCCUGGCUCUGGGUGUGGAGAUCCCGGCUCAGACUGUGUCCCUGAGACCCGGGGGAGAAUAUUCCACUGGGGACCCUGAGAUCAGCCUCUCUAGCCUCACACACUGAAGGACAUAAAUCCACACCAUGUAGAGGUCAAGCAUAGGAGUUUAUUACA